AUGAGCAGUCAAGAACAACAUCAACAAGCAAUCAAUGAAAAUGAAAUGGCAUAUGAUUCAAACCAAGCUACAAGCAAGAAAGCUCUUAAGCAAAAGAAACUAGACAUCAAAUAGGAACCAAAAAAGCCGAUUGAUGGAAAACAGUAGUUUGGUGAUAAGUCUAUAUGUCGACUCUGCUAGGUAUCAACAAAGUCUACACUUACUAUUAUUUGCAUUCGUUGUCAUUUCAAAUAUCAUCAGGAAUGCAUACGCAAAUAAAACAAAGAACCUCAAUUUGAAGAUGGAAUAAAAUGGCAUUCAAAGAGAAAGCUCAAGGAAUCGAAACCCUCAAAAAAGAAACAAUGCAACCAGAUACAAGAUUUCUUUUAAAAAACAGUUCAACCCUAGGAAGACAAAAUCAAGAAGCUUACUGAAUUUCAAUUGCUUUAUCCAACCUAUAUACAAUAAGGCAGAGUCAUCUUUCCUAUUUUGGAUGAAUAUUUGACAGCCUACCAAGGAUUGUUUAACAUUGAGCCCAAAAAGAAACCCGCCCUUCACGUUGACCCGGCAAUUCCCUAAGAAAUUUUUGAAGAUGUGCUCAAAAUUUGGGAUGCUUACAAUAAUAUGAACAAAAUUGUAAGUGACAUUCUUCAAGAACAACAGAUAAAAUGUUUAGCAUAAUCGUAGUCAAAUAAUAUUGGCACCUUGAUUCACUUUCAAGAUAAUCAUACAUUAUAUAAUCAAAAAUCAAGAAUAGAAAUCUAUGAUACUCUAUAACAUAAUCCACAAGAAAUAAUCUUAUUUUUUUGUUAUUUCUACUUAAAAUAAAUUAUUGAAGAUUUAGAUAUAGAAUAAAUGCAAAAAUAAUAAUAUAAAAUACCCUAUUGGUAACUAAUGGGAUACAUGUGGUAUACAAAUAGACAGAGGUACUAUCAAUUGUUAAGAGACGAUGUAAAAUCCUUACCAACUAAUAUUUUUAAAUAAGGAAUUCUAUAUCUCCCAGAUUAUUUGAUUGAUUUUGGUGACUAUAAAAAUGUAAACAAACUGGCAAAGUUGGUUAUAGCAUUGGCUGAUGGAAUAGAAUCAUUAAAGAGAACAUAAUUUCUAUACUAAUACAGAACUGAAAACAUACUCUCCAAUAAUAGGAUGAAAACUUAACUAGGAAUGUAGAUCAAGGAGCAAAGAAGUAAAUAGAUGGAAACUAAUAAGGAAAUAAUAGAAUCUGAAGGGAAUUAUCAAAUGGCAAAAUCCAAGUUAUUAGAAGAUGGAUUGAGUAGAGCGGAAACAUAAAAGUUUAUCAAACAAAAGGAGAGUGCACAAAAACAAUGUCAAAAAUUAAAAUAGUAAUUUCAAAAACUAGAAAAGGAAAUAGAUAACCUAACUGAGAGAUAUCAUGAAUAAGAGAAAGAAUUGGCAAUCAUAUAAAUUUCAUCCUUGGUAUUAAAUCCCUCAGUGUUUUUAGGAUAUGAUAGCAGGAAUAGUUCAUACUAUUUCUUUCUUUGGGAAUCAGACAAAAUAUUUGCCUGUAUGAGAAAUUCGAUUAUUGAUGAUGAGGUUUCUUAGUGGGGUUAUUAUGAUUUAAAAGAUGUUAAUGUAUUAAUGGAAGUACUUUGUCAGAAGGGAGUUAAAGAAAAUUCAUUAAGAAAUAACAUUUUGGAAUUACAAAGAGCAAAACUAUUGAUAGUUGAGUAGAAGGAGGAAGAGGAAGAAGAAAAGGAAGAUAAAUUGAAGAACUCAGAGAACAAUAGCGAGUAGGAUGUUGCAUAAAACAAUAGUAGUAGUGCAAAGGAUCAGAAAGUCAAUAGUUUAGAAAACUUAGACAUUGAUAUGUUAAUAUAGGAAUUUUUAGAUAUUGAAAAUAUGUUGACUGAGUAUCUAAAUCAAAGGAACUCAAGAUGGUGCAGCAGUGAAAUUAGAAACUCAUUUUUAAAGAGUUUUUAGAAUGUUAUUUAAAAAAGAAUAGACAAAAAUUAUAAUGAAUACGACCUUGCUCCUUUUUGUAAAGCAAUUGAAUAUUUUGUUGAUAAUACUAUGAUGUAAGAAAAAUUAGAAUUAAGACCGGAUGAGGAAAUAAAUGGAGAUGAAAAACUUUAAUUAAAUAACGAGGAUGAAUCAUAUUAGCAAUAGAAUAGAAGAAGGAAAGUUGUAGAAGAUGACUCAUCGCCUGAAUAACCAAUAUAAACUGCAAUUUAAUAGUUAGAAUAAUUAGAUAUAGGAAAGGUGAGAGUUAGAAAAUUGCCGAUGAAAUUGUUUGGCACGUAUUAUGAAACAUUGAGAUUGAAUUUAAUAGAAUAAUUAAAAUAAGAUUGCAAUCUAGUCAAAUUGAAGAUAUGUUUAGAAGUCCUUGGUUAAAUAGUGUAAGACUACAUAAAUAGAAAAAUUACGCAAUAAAUAGUGACACAAAUACCUGAGAAAAAGAAAGUAGAGGAAGUGCAUAUAAGCAAAUAGGUUUAAAUUGAACCUGCAGUGGUAGAACCUGAAAUUAAAGUGUAAAACUUAAGAUAGAGAGUGAAGACUUAGUCAUAAUCAAUUUAUGUGGAGAGCAAAUGGGAAGAUAGAUGCAACAAAUGUGGGUAAGGUGGCAAAGUCAUUUGUUGUGAUACUUGUCCUAAAGUAUUUCACACUAAGUGUUUAGGACUGAAGGAGGUACCAAAAGGAAAGUGGAAUUGCCUGGUUUGUUUAAGUAAUUUCGAGAGAUAAGUCAAAACCAGAGCAACUAUAAAAAAAUUAGAAAAUAAUUGA